GUGCCUGGAAUACACACGCUAUAUAGGCGUUUGUUUAUCGGCUGUCUUUUGUCACCGUUCCGCCCAGAUUCGAAUCGGUCUUCACCAGUACGCAUUGUGCGUUGAUUUUCCCAUAAAACCGGCAUCGUUGUUCCCACGGAGCCCCGCCCCGCCCUCUCGCCGGGUUGUGCAUCCUGCUACAAUUUUCUCCAAUUUUUUCUGUAGUGUUUAUUUUCCCAGGCGGUGCCGCCCCGAUUUUUUUCUGUGUCGCAAACACAAGAGUACAUUUCCAUGUUUGUUGUGGCGGGGAGUUUUUUAUGCCGGUUUGCUGCUGUUUCUUAUAAUGGGUCGGCGUUUCCUGUUGUGAUAGUCAGAGGGAAUCGGGUCUUCCUGGUUUAUUUUUCUUCACUGCGCCGAUGUCAGAAAGCCGGGGCUAGCGGACGCCCUGCUGUGCGCGUACAGCGGCCAUUUACACGCCACGGAAAUGGUGUUCAUUAUCGUUUGUGUCCCACUCUUUAUACGUAAAUACACGCCGGCAAUCAAAAACGAAUCUUUUUCCACUUAAAACGCCGCUGGAGCAUCAUAUUCCCAUAUUAUAAACGAUGCUGCAUUCGAUGAACACUUGAAAUUGAUUGCUGGAUGAAGUAUUUGUUCGCCGGUUGGAUACAUAAUUUCCCCGGUUCAUAAAAUUAUUGGAAAAGUAACUGCCGCUUGAAGAAUAUUAACCCGUGGACCACGUUGUUAUAAAAUAUUAUUGAUUGGGUGAUUUUUGUUAUAUACGCUUCUCAGAGCAGUCAUGCGCGUAACCUGAUAAGCCGGAUAGACGACGCCGGUGGACAGCUUUAUUACGAGUGUCGGGUUGUGGAUGAUGAUGGGGACGUUUAAUGGGAGCCAUCCGCUGUCCGGCGUGCCGGUGCCGCUACCGGCCAGCAGUCCGCUGUCGACGGAGGGCGCGCAGAUGGUGGCUCUGCUAUCGUUUUUCAUGGUCAUCGCGCUGCUGGGCAACGGGACGGUGCUGGUGUAUCUGUGCAAGACCACCGGGGUGCAACGGCCCGUCUCCAUCUUCGUCAUGGCGCUAGCCUGCACCGACAUCCUCAUCGCCCUGUUUUCCAUGUCCGCCGAGAUCCUCUUCGAAGCCUUCGGCGGGGAAUGGCUGUUCGGCAACGUCGGCUGCAAGGCCUUCACCUACAUCCAGGGGAUGCUAUUCGGCAGUACGGCGUUCAUCUUGAUCAGCAUGAGCUACGACCGCUACGAGGCCAUCUGCCGGCCCAUGUUCCUCAGCCGGACACGCGCCCGUAGCCAGCGCAUGAUCGCCGCGUCCUACAUCCUGGCCGCCAUCUUCGCCAUCCCGCAGAUCCUCAUUUUUCUCCAGGUCCCCGACGGCACCAAGCCGGACGGUACCGUCAAGUACGCCUGCAAGAGUAAAGGUUACACGGCGGAAUGGCAGCGCAUCGUGUACCUGACCUUUCUGGCCACCUACAUCUUCCUCAUCCCCAUCGUCGUCGUGGCCGUCUGCUACAUCAAAAUCGCCCUGGUCGUCUGGAAGACCUCCGCCAAGACCUCCACCACCCCCUCCACUACCGACACCCUCGCCCUGCGCCGUUCCGCCGCCGCCACCGACUCGGUGGAACGCGCCAAAGUCAAGACCAUCAAGCUGACCGUGUGCAUCCUGACCUGUUACAUCUUCUGCUGGCUGCCCUACUUCACGCUGACCUUAUUCAACGCCUGGACGUACCGGCAGUAUACGCACCGCAUCCCGCCCGCCUUGGGGGCGGUAGCCAAGUGCAUGGCGUGGUUUUCCAGUUGUGUCAACCCGAUCAUCUACGCCAGCUUCAAUAUCCCGCUGAAAUCGAUCACGGAGGUGUGGUGCGGGGGGCGGGGCGACCGGAUGCGGUUGAGCGAAUCACCGCGGCCCUCGGUGUUGCCCGGUGGGGCGACCACGGCGGCGGCGUCGCGCCGGAACACCGCGGUGUCGGUAUGCUCGAAUAAUAUGAAGACGGCCACGUCGCUGGUCAUGUCGACGUCGCCGUCCAGUAAGCUCAUUCUGCUGACCACGGAUAAGGAAGAGAAAGAACCGGAAGAGAAUUACGAUCCGCGGACGGUGCUCGUUAUGAUUUAAAUAAUCGUAGUUUUCUCGGUUUAUUGUGCAUUACUAAUGUCGGCUCUGGCCUCUGUAUACUGAUUGAUGUACGGUAAUGGAACUGGAUAUUUUUGCAUUUUUUCAUAUACAGCAUAUAAAUUGUACGUACUAUGAUUUGUAUACAUGAAUACGCAAACGGCAAACAUAUGUAUUCAAGCUAGCAAAAUUUAAUUCGAUUUUAAUAUUGAAAAUGACGCUAAG